AUGCCAACCAUCCAUAAUCUCGCUGUCGUCUUCAGUACACUGACCAUCACAUGUGUGUCGACUAUGCCACUCGGCACUAGCCUAGAAGGACUUUUUACUGUGUUUGGACUCAAUGUUCAAACCGACACGGUCGCCGCAGUUGCAUUGGCAGACUCAGCAACCGCGAUAUUCAGAACCACACCACGAUUACGGCGGCAUGACCAUCAUGACUCCACCGACAAUGACUCAGACACCUCGACAUCGGCAAUCCCAUUUUAUUCCCUGGGACCGAUACCCAUAAUAACUAUCAUCCCAUUAAGCAGCGACGACAGCACUGCGACUAGCGUAACAGUUGAUUCAAUAUCAACGACGUCGAGUGUUGAAUUACCAGUGACGACAUCAGACCCUUCCAGGGGCAGCCUGCCGGAUGGAAUCCUCACUCUGCCUCCCACAACCGCCAUCAACACCUACGCACCAGCAUUCGAACCUGUUCCAGUUCCGAUCGCUCCGACUACUACCUCUUCUACUGAUUCUCCCACUCAAACAACCACUGUCACAUGUCCGUCGCAGCUGGCGUCGACCACAUCGAUAGAAGGCGAUAUUUCUUCACCGAUUACAGACCUACCCGUCAUCGUCACUGUUAUUCCUCUUCCGGAGUCCUCCUCGUCGUCAGAAGCUCCAUCCUCAGAUCCAAAGCCAGCACCUUCAACCGUCCCUCCCUAACAAAAGUAUCAGGCCAAUGCUACAGACAGCGACCUGUAAUAUUAGCACGAGUAAUGAGUUGAAUGGAUGAAUUUGACAACGAGAUCUACGGCGAAGACAUUCUAUCGACUUUGGACAUUCAA